GUCGGGACUGCGCCGGCGGGAUGGUGGACAGCGUGUACCGGACGCGGUCGCUGGGGGUGGCGGCGGAAGGGCUGCCGGACCAGUACGCGGAUGGGCGGGCGGCCCGCGUGUGGCAGCUGUACAUCGGAGACAUCCGGGGCCGCACGGCCGAGUACCGCAGCUGGCUCCUGGCGCUGCUCCGCCAGCACCGCUGCCGCUCCGUCCUCGAUGUGGCCUGCGGCACCGGGUGAGGAACCGCGACCCGCGUCCGCUCUCCUUCCAGCUGCCCUUGGCCCUGCUGACGGUCAUGUCCACAGGGUGGACUCCAUCAUGCUUCUGGAGGAGGGCUUCCAGGUGACUAGUGUCGACGCCAGCGACAAGAUGCUCAAGUACGCACUGAAGGAGCGCUGGGAGCGGCGCAAGGAGGAGCCCUUCGACCGAUGGGUCAUCGAGGAGGCCAACUGGCUCACACUGGAGAAGGACUUGGAGAAGCCAGGAGAUGGGUUUGACGCAGUCAUCUGCCUGGGCAACUCCUUCGCGCACCUGCCUGACUUCAAAGCCAGUGCCUGGAGAUGCCACGGUUUCCUCCCAGGGGACCAGAGUGACCACAAGCUGGCCCUGAGGAACAUUGCCAGCAUGGUGCGGCCCGGAGGUGUCCUGGUCAUCGAUCACCGCAACUACGACCACAUUCUGGCCACAGGCUGUGCCCCGCCCGGCAAGAACAUCUACUACAAGAGUGACUUGACCAAGGACAUAACCACCUCAGUGCUGCUGGUGAACAACAAGGCACAUAUGGUGACCCUGGACUACACGGUGCAGGUCCCUCCCACGGAGGCAGGGGCAGACCCAGAGCUGAGCAAGUUCCGCCUCUCCUACUACCCCCACCGGCUGGAGGCCUUCACAGCCCUGCUCAAAGGUGCCUUCCAGGGGAAGUGCCAGCACAGUGUCCUGGGUGACUUCCAGCCCUACACGCCAGGACAGGCCCACGUCCCCUGCUACUUCAUCCAUGUCGUGAAGAAGACAGCGUGAGGGGAUCACAGAGAUGGGACUGUGGUGGCUGAUGGCUGCAAGCAGCUCUUGGAACAUGCAGAAGGCUGGGGGCGUGACUGAGAGCCACCUGGAAUCCCCCUCCCCUUAAUGAAGAGCAAUUGUCAGAGCUACUGGA